UCUGAAAGCUCUGGUAGAAGGAUACAAGCAGUGGUCAUCCAGUGCACCGAACCUUGGGAAGAUCCAGAGAACUGCGCCUGCUUUUCCAGGAUUCACCAGCUUAGCAGAGAUGGAUGACGAGGACAGCGAAUGUCUGAAUGGGGAGGGCAAAGUGCACCCUUCCCCUGGGCACAAUCAGUCAUACCUCUGCAUCCCAUUUCAGAAGAACGAAGACUGGGAUGGCCCUUCUAGUGAUGCCAAUGAGGAGUCCACCCCUGUGAACUCUGCUACCAGUACCCCACAGCUGACACCCACCAACAGCCUCAAGCGUAGUGGCUCUCACCAUAAGCGAUGUGAGGUUGCGUUGCUUGGCUGUGGAGCAGUUCUGGCUGCUGCAGGCCUGGGUUUUGAUCUUUUAGAAGCAGGGAAGUGUCAGCUGCUAAUUGAGGAGGAGCCAGAGGCACCCAAGGAAGAGAAGAAGAAGCGGGACAGCAUUUUCCAGCGAGCUGGACGCCCACGCAGGAGCACUAGUCCACCUUCCCGAAAGAUCUUCAAGAAAGACGAUCCCAUGUUGCUGCUAGGCGAGCCAUCCACAUCCCUCACCCUUCUUUCCCUGUCUUCCAUUUCCGAAUGUAAUUCUACCCGAUCCCUGCUGCGCUCGGACAGCGAUGAGAUUGUGGUGUAUGAGAUGCCCAUCAGCCCGGUGACAGUCAAGGCUCCCUUGCCAGCCAUUACCAACCCACUAGUCAAUGUCCAGAUCGAGAGGUUCAAGCAAGACCCCAACCAGUCCCUAACUCCCACACACGUGACAGUUUCUUCUCACACCCAGCCAAGUGGGCACAGACGCACGCCUUCUGAUGGGGCCAUCAAAGGGAGCGGACUAGUUGUCAAUGGGUGCCCAACCAGUGGAUGCCCUUCCAGUAGCUGUUUAACUGGAGCACUAGGAGCAGGCGUAUUAAAAACACCUAGUCCAAGUAGAGAUCCCAAUGAGGUCCCUCGCCUGCCAGACCCCAACCUUGUUUUUCCUCCAACCCCGAGACGGUGGAAUGCACAGCAGCAGGACCCCACACUGGAAAGACCCAAGACACUGGAGUUCCUGCCUCGGCCACGUCCUGCAGCCAGUCGGCAGCGGCUUGAUCCCUGGUGGUUUGUGUCACCCAGCAACGCCAAGGGUGAAUCUUCUGCCAACAGUUCAAGUACUGAUACUCCGAGCAAUCUGGACUCAUGUUUUGCCAGUAGCAGCAGCACUGUAGAAGAGAGACCUGCGCUGCCUGCACUCCUUCCUUUCCAGGUGGGUCUUCCUGUAGAGGAGCGGACACUGUUGGACAUAGAUGCUGAGGGGCAGAGCCAGGACAGCACCGUUCCGCUAUGCAGAAGUGAACUUAACACACACAAAGCUGCAGCAUAUGAACUCAAGCAAGAAUUCUGGUCUUAG